CUGAACAUCGAAAUCGAAAUUAGUUUUAAUUUUUUACAAGGUUUUUCGUAAAAAAAGGUUGUUAAGCAAGAAAGACGACAAAUGAGAAUAAUGGAUAUACCAAACGACAUAUUUGGAAAUGAACAGCAGGUGGCGAUAAGGCCAGCUGCACCCAGUGCCAUGGGUAACAUCCCGGACGUGGUGGAGCCGGGUUCUCGCCCACAAAAAUACACGUUCCAUGAGGUCUAUCAGAUGAUUACAGCCCUCACCUGGCCCCGAAUUCUGUUUGGUUUGCUCGUGCGCCACGAGUGGAACUACAUAUUUUUGAGCCUAGGCUUCCUGAGCCUCGAUGCCAUCGAGGCCCUUCAAAACUUCAAUCCGUUGCAGCAUCUGGCCAUAGUCGGCAUGACGAUCCUGAGCAACAUAUUGAUCUACAAAUCCAUCCGGCCCUAUGUGCGAGUCCAGCUUUACGAGUGGCUGAUCCGCGCCGAUGUCAAUGUGCACAUCACCGAGGAAACGGUUUUGCGCGUGGUCAACUGUGUCAAUCGCUGCUUGGUCACGCUGCAGUUCAUCAUCUUUCAAACUGAAAUCAUUGAUCUUCUUUUGAUGAUGCUUGCCCUGGAGGUAGUACGCAAAAUCGUCUGGUACACCAACAUCCUUUUGCUAAUUAGGAUCGUCUUAUGUGUGACGGUCGUUUGUCCAAGACUUUUCGGGUUGUUCGAUAAUAAUGCGACGGGUAGAGCCUAUUAUCGGUUCAAGAUAAAGAAAUGUGUGCUGCAGAUCGUUGACAAUCUUGCGGAUAUGGGCGUGGAGGUGAAUCUAUUGAUCAUUGAGCGGUGGAAGCAGGAAGCUUAUGCCAUGAGGGAGUUAUAUUACGAUUUUGAGGACUGGCCAAACCGAGAGUAGUUUCAUGAUGAUAUCGAGAUCUAGUAAAAUAUGGCUUCGUCGAGGAUGAUAGCCCACUAUUAUGGGCUAUGGAUAACUUAUAUGAUAACUUUUGUAUUUAACUUGUUAAUUGUUUCCACAUACUCUAUAAAACUACAGUGUCAAAUUCGCACAAUCUAUCAAAUACAUCACAA